AUGAUCCUGCUCGGUGCGGAGAACACGUUGAUCCGUGACCUGCUCACGAGCCGGUUUGCGACACCCGCUGCGGUGGACCAGACGUUUACCGACUUUGAUGGCGUGGCGUACCAUAUGGAGUCGACCAAGGAAGGGCCGCUCACCCUCUCGAUGGACAUCCGGUGCUGGCCCGAGCUCGUCGAGCAAGGCGUCGAGGCGUCGCUGCGCGACGUGUACGGCGGCUGGAUGCGCGCGCAGGUCGAGCCGGACUACUGCGUGACGCUCGAGUUUGACUACCAGGCGGUGCCCGCGGCGGGCCCCGAGCGCGAUGCGCUCAUCCACACCGUGUCGCUGCUGAAGCGCAAUGCGCUUGCGGCGCCGUUUGAGCGUGCGUUCGAGCAGCAGGCGCAGCUCGAGCAGCAGUUUGACCCCAGCGGCCCGCCGCCGCCCGGCACGCUCAUCCCGAUCCACUACCGUGCGGACGAGGCGAUGUACAUUCUCCCAGCGCACGACCGUGUGACGGUGGUGUUUAGCACGCGCUUUGACGAAGAGACGGACCGUGUAUUCGGCAAGGUAUUCCUCCAAGAGUUUGUCGACGCCCGGCGCCAGCCCUCGAUCCAGAACGCGCCGCAGGUGCUCUACUCCUCGAAGGAGCCCCCGCUGGAGAUCCGCUCGGUCGCGGGCCUGCAGCGCGGCGACGACACGGGCUACGUGACAUUUGUGCUCUUCCCCCGGCACUUUCAGCACCCCGACGUGCCUCUUCCGUGA